GCAUUUCACUCGCACUCACAAAAAUGCAGUCGUGUUGUCAAUUACAACCAGCGACAAGUUACAGCAGGAUGGGUCAGAAUGCAUUUACAUGGCCCGGUGAAAGCAGCGCGCGGACAAGCCCACAGCUGCAAACUGCAUCAGCCUGAUUUAGACUUCUAGAUGAUGGCAAGAUGAGACAGCAAAUGCUCACGAGAGUGUGAGUGUUGCUGCUGUUAUAGUUGUCAAACAAGUCUCCGCCCGACACAAGCUCCUCUGACGACAGCUUGACGCACUCAGAUUGCCAGAUUGAAGGCACAAAAGGGAGGAGGGUGCCUGACAAUCAAGCCUUACACUGGAAUGGAAGUAUAAAAGACGGUGUUUUCUUGAGGACUGAGCGAUGGAGCAGGGGUCAGAGGAGAGCAUGGAGAGCUCAUGGACACUGUUGUCCUGGAUGGCCUCUGGCGUGAUGGUUUUUGGGGGCGCGGUGCCGUAUGUCCCGCAGUACCAGGAGAUCCAGAGGACCAGCAAUGCAGAGGGAUUCUCAACAAGAGUCUGUCUGGUGCUGCUCGUCGCUAAUAUACUCCGCAUUUUCUUCUGGAUAGGCAAACAGUUUGAGCUGCCUUUGCUUCUGCAGAGUGUGGUGAUGAUUCUCACCAUGUUGGCGAUGCUGCAUUUGUGCUGUUCAAUCCAGAGCAGCAACCGCGUCAGUACCAAACAGCACCACAUCACAGAUUUGGACCUUCGGUAUUUCUGGAGCUGGAGUUCUUUUGAGGAUUAUCUGAUGUUUUGCUUCGCCUUUACACUGCUGUGCGCUUUCAUAACGUUCCUCUUUUUGGAUUGGCUGCUGUUUGUGGAGGCCCUGGGCUCUCUGGCUGUAAUGUUUGAAGCCAUGUUGGGUCUUCCUCAGCUGCUGCAGAACUACAACCACCGCUCCACUCGAGGCAUGAGCGUAAAGAUGGUGCUUUUAUGGACUGCCGGUGACGUCUUUAAGACCACAUAUUUUGUGAUCAAUGAAAGCCCUGCCCAGUUCCUGGUUUGUGGUGCGGUGCAGAUUUUAAUUGACAUUGCUAUCCUGCUCCAGGUGGGCUACUAUGGCCAGGACUCCAGAAUCAAACUUGGCUAAACGAAGUGUGAUAAUCAUGGUCAUCAACUCUCCUAAAAGGGCAUUAUACAUGAUGUAUAUGAAACUUUAUGGGAUUUUUUAUAGUAAAAAUACAAAGUGGGAUUCAAAG